UCCAGCCAGGCAGCGUGUUUCUCAUUCUAGCUCAGCCUGACCUGGAAAACGAGGAGCUCCGCGCCAAAACUGAACUCCGUUUGAAAGCAUAUUAAUAUUAAACAGUAUUUAAGCUACGUGUAUGAUAUGCAGAUGGAUGUCUCAGACAGAGCGAGGAGAAACUUAAACAGUAGUGAGAAAGAAACGGAUAGCCGUAAGCUCGCUGUGGCUGACUACAACCAGAAUCUAGUUACUGGGACUACGAACAAGAUCGCCAACCAGCUAACUACACAGAUCCAAGGCAGCCAGCUGCGAAAGCCUGAUUCCAGCACGCUCUUAGGAGAGAAGAUAGAGGUGAUCAAGGUGUAUCUUGAGGGAGGCAAACAGGAGCAGCAAAGCGUGGAGAUGUUGACUGAUGAGCUGUCACAAAUACAGGAGGUGAGGUAUUGUCUGAAGACUCUCAGGGAACAAAUGGCAGCCAGGCAUAACAGCAACAAUAAUAAGUUUCCAGCCAAUGGCAUCAGAGUCAGCGUACCCAUCAACAAAUCACCUGUCUCCAUCACCAGUGUGGAUGGGCCCGUCUCCGAGAGCCAGGAGCAGGAAUCUGUGCAGUUGAGAGAAGUAACCAAGCGUCUGUACGCUCAGCUGCAGGAGAUGGAAAAGAGACACCAGGAGGAGAAAGAGACAUUGCAGGCAGAGAACAGAGAGUUCCAGCGGCGUCUCCAAGAGCAAACUGAACGUGUGCAGUGUGCCGACAGCGAGGUGGAGGGGCAGAGGCAACGCAUGGAGGAGCUGCAAAGACUUCUGGGAAGUCUGGAGCUGGAGAACAGCGCCCUUCACGACAAAAUGGCAGCUAGCGAGGCCGAACUUCAGGAACUGAGAGCGCUAAAGGAGGCAGAGAAAGAGCAGAAAAAAGAGAAGCUGGAGAAAGAGUUGGCUGUUCAGAAAGAGAAACUCCAUCAUCUAGAUGAUAUGCUCAAGAGCCAGCAGAGGAAAGUCAGACACAUGAUUGAACAGCUGCAGAACUCGCGGACUAUGAUCCAGGAGAGGGAUCGUGUGAUUUGUGACCUGGAGGAAAAGGUGGAAUUCUUGGAGGCUGAGAACAGAGAGAUGCGUGACCAGGUGGAGUUCUGCCUGGGUAAUCAGACUCCCAGCUCACGCCAGUCAGAGAAGGGAGCUCAGAUUGUCUACAGUAAGCCUUUGACACCAACAAGUCCUGGAAACAAGUCUCUUCCCUUCAUCAAAGUGAUAGAGAUCAAGUCAUGAGGACAAAGAAAUGGAAGAAAAUGAAGAUGCAAAUAUGCAUUUCUAUAGUAUAUAUGUACAGCCUAUAAGAUGCCACCCUCAGUCUAGCACAUUAGGCAUUUUGUGUAGUCUUUAAGCUACAAUUAUUUUCGUAAAGCAUCUCUUUCCAUAGACAUCCCAACUGUGCUUGCACUCAAGAAUAUGGAGGUAUUUAAAGGCAUAUAUAUCUUAGCCCUAGAGCAUGUAGAUUACAAUACUCAGCCUAGGUCAUUCGAUAUUACAGUAUGUGCGCUGCUAAUCUGUUAGUUGGCUUGUAGUAAUACAUCCAAUAAUAUCCACUUAUUAUAGAUGUGCACUGUACACAGCUGGAUGAUGUAAACAUUUACUUAGAAAGUGGCUUCACAGCAAAGGUACAAAUCGAACGCAUUUCAAGAUGUCAAUACCUUAGUACCUUAGAAUAGAAUUCCUUAGAACCUUCUUUAAUAUUAUAGCUUAUCCUUUUUAAUAACAGCAUAAUUUAUGUGUCUCUUGCAACAUGGUCACUGUUCAGGUUCAAACUCAUCUGCAUAACUGUCCACAUCAAAACUCUCAAAGGGCUCAAUUUAAGCCACACUUGAGACUUGAGACAAAGUUUUCUUGAGAAUUUCCACUGACUAAGAUUAGGGAAAAUGUAUGUCUAAAAACUAUGUCCAUUUUUUAUUUAUAUGCCACAUAUGUAGAUAUAGUUCUAGUUUAUGCUUACAGGAAACACUGUACUUUUCCAGGACUGACCUCUUUCCUUUGUAGAGCUAUAUGUUUACUAUUAACAGUCUCUCUUAAUGUGUAAACAGGAGAUCUUACUGUUGCAGUCACUGUUACUGCAAGCAGUUUAUCAUUCCCAUAUUGAAUGUGAAAUCUGAACACUUUCUUUUGUUCAUAGAAGCUGUAUAGUGGUGGUGUCCUCGUUUUGCUAUGUAUUUCUGUAUUUAUGUUGUGUAUCCGGGGAUCAAUAAAGGUAAAUAAAAA